AUGGGGAUUCCGUGUUUUGCCAUUAUCAUUAGUUUGUUUUCUUGUUACACAUGUGAAAAGCUUUCGAAUAACAAGAAUGUACCUACGGUGCUUUACGACCCAGGAGAAUUAUUGAGGAAUAUCUUCAAUUUAAACAGCACUACACAGGAGCGUUCUAGAAAUGGAAUUAGAUUCGAAGAUGAAAGUAAUUCGGACUUAGUUAGUUUUGACCGUAACGAAGAACCGCCAUUUAGUACAGUUAAAUUUCCACCCGGAAAUUCUGAUAACUCCCAAGCAUUCAACCAGGAUAGUGUUGACCAAGGCCACCGAGCGUCAUUUGAAGAUAAUGAUGCUUCUGGAGGUCAAAAGAAGCGGAGGAAGAGAAGGCGAAAACCAAGACUUCAGCGGCCAGAAGGAAUAAGUCCAGAGUACGUUGGUCCAUAUGCGCCGAAUUUUCCUCAGAUAGCUUAUGGGACUCGUCCGUUUUAUAAUCCUGGAUAUCCUAGACCUAUAUAUAGACUACCAACACGCCCUAGGCCAUCUUUAGCGUCGGAAGCCCUAUCGUCUGUCACUGAAGCCCUAACAUCGAUAGCACUGUACGAUGACAAGCAAUGCGUAGCACGCCUUCUCUGUGAAGCAGCAAGCGGUGGAGCCCUAGGUUCUACGCAAGUCUUGCAGUCAGUUUCUGGGCUACAGCCUCUUCUUACAUUACUCUCGGCAUAUAGCGGCAUUAGCUCCAAUCCACUUUUUGUCUUUGGCCGAGCAGCUUUGCUUGGAAUGUCGUCGAAGAACAAUCCUGCUUCCUGCCGUUAUGCAUAUCCACAGUGUCCAACAGAUCCCGAACAAUUAGUUUACUACCUUAAUAAUCAUAACGGAGGUUUCUUCAGAUUUUUUAACUCUCCCCAACGAGAACCGCAAAAUAUAAAACAACUGUAUAAUCACCUUUCACAAAACUACCAAAGCAAUCAACAGCUUUAUCCUUAUCCUCAAAAUAACGGGCUUUCCAAUGAUAUUAAUCAAAAUUAUCAACAAAAUCUUAUUCAGGAUUAUAAUUUACAAAACGCCAAUUACGUCUACAAUUAUGGUAAAUAUGGAAUUACUAAUCCAAAUAGACAAAACAAAUAUGGUAUUUUAAAUAACAUUAAGUUCAAAAACACAAACGAGCUUACUAAUGACAGUAACAAAAUUGAAAAGCGAAUUCAAAACAAACCAGAGAAGUUCUUAGAAGAUUUUGAAGAUGAUGUAAAUUUUGUAAACGUCAAUGGUUAUAAUACAAAAUGGUCUUUUCCAGAAGCAAGCAAUAACAAUAUUAGGGUUAGUGAUGUAAAAGUCGGAAAAAAUUUUAAAUUUCCAGAAAGUUCUCUUACCGAUAACAUAAGAGUCGAAGAUUCUGUAAGAAAUCCAAGAGGAUUCGUGUUCCCCAAUGCUGUAAGCAAUCAGUACAUAGACUAUAACAAAUAUCAAACCACAAUUCCAUUUUUUGAUCAUAAAAACAACUACAACAAUAACAAUAAUCUGAACUUUGACAAUUAUAAAGGAUAUAAUAGUAAUGACGAUGAUUACAACAAAGACCAAUCGAUUCGCACAGUUUACGUAGUCAGAGGUAAUGGGGAUCCUAACCAUCCGGAGAUUAUUAAGCUGAGGCCAGGACAAACGAUUUACUAG